UUAAUUUUUCAACGGCGGAGAGGAAUGAUUCUACUUCUUCUACUGCGAGUCAAAAUCGUUUACUUUACGAGUCUACUUUGUAUUUAUCAUUACCGAACAUCUGGUAGUUUAUAUCGUUUGAGUAUCGACAAUCGUAUUAAUUUUUAACGUUUCAAUACAAAUUUUAAAUAAUAAUACAUUGAAUUAAAAAAAAUCUAAUUAAUUCUGUGUUAUUAUAUACAAUAGAUGUGAAUUAGUGUGAAUAAUAAGAUUGAAUUUUGUUAAACUUACAUUGUAAUAAUAUAUAUUUGUGAGAACAUGGCAACCUUUAUCAAAAAUAUAUCAUUAUACUUUUUUACAAAACAAUGUAUAAAAAUAUAUUUCGACGAUCUGAAUUUUCUACAUGUUGAAUGUUUCAAAGAAACACUGAGUAAGAUGUUAGGACUUGGCAUCAUCGCUGGAUCCUUAUUGGUGAAAGUGCCACAAAUUGUCAAAAUUUUUAAAAAUAAAGAUAGCAAAGGUAUUAAUAUCUUUAGCGUAUUAUUAGAUUUAUUUGCUAUCACUGCUAUGACAUCCUACAGUUAUGCGAGCGGUUUUCCGUUUAGCUCAUGGGGAGACGGAGUAUCGUUAGGUAUACAGACAUUAAUAAUUGCAUUAUUGGUUUUUCACUUUAACGGGGAUACUGCAAAAGCAACGGCCUUUCUAGCAGGUUAUAUAUCUAUACUUACCACUGUUAUAAGUGGUUUAGCACCAAUUAAUUUACUUUGGACCUGUCAAGCAAUGAAUAUACCUAUCGUUCUUAUUAGCAAGUUCAUACAAGCUUAUACAAAUUAUUCCAAUGGAAGUACCGGCCAGUUAUCUGCAAUAACAGGCUUUAUGCUUUUCUUUGGUUCAUUAGCAAGAAUAUUUACUUCUAUUCAAGAAACUGGGGAUACAACUAUGAUAGUUAUGUACUCGUGUUCAACUUUUGCAAAUGCCAUCAUAGCUGCACAAAUUCUUUAUUAUUGGAAUGUUGAAACUGUGGAUUCUAAGAAAAAAGAUAAAACUAAGAAAAAGGAAUAAAAAAAAGUUAUCAGUAAUAUAUGAUGUAAGAUCAAAUGGUGACAGAAGAAUAUUGUAUAUUAUAUAUAUAUAUUUAUACAAAUGGUUUUGGUACUUGAUUAAUGCAA